AUGGCAGGAUUGCUUGAUUUUUUCUUCAAUUAUGAAGCCAAUGAAGCUAUCACAACACCAAAAAACUAUCCAUACUUAAUAAUAAUGCGUAUAUCAUUAUCAGUUAUCAAAUGUUGGCCUGAAAAAACAACUGAAAAACUCGAGGCUGGAGCCAAGUUAAAAGCAAAAGUUUGGGGGAUGAUACAAAAUGUUUUACAUUUGGCAUUCUGCGUGUUAACGAUUGUUGGUACAGCUACCUACGUUAUGAUACACAAGAAAAACAUGACUUUCUUUGAACUUGGUCAUUUGUACAUAACCCUGAUGCUGAGUUGCGUUGUCUUUUCUCGAUUAGUAACGCUUACUUUUAAAGAAGAAUAUCAAGUAGUCGCCAAUGAGUUUCUUAAUAAAAUCCAUCUCUUCUACUACAAAGAUAAUUCAGAGUUUUCAAUGCAGACCCACAAGCAAAUUCAUCGGGUUUCCCACUUAUUCACAUUAUACGUUACUGGUCAACUGUUUGCUGGUCUCUCACUCUUCAAUCUAACUCCUAUGUACAACAAUUAUUCUGCUGGGAAGUACAGCAAAGGAGGAUUGAAAAACUCAACGUUUGAUCACUCUCUGUACUAUUCGUAUCCUUUUGAUGUGUCUACUGAUGUAAGGGGGUAUAUUUUUAGCAAUAUUUUACAUUGGUUUUUUUCAUACAUUGUAUCAACCUGGUUCUGUACGCUCGAUCUGUUUUUAUCGGUAAUCGUCUUUCAUAUUUGGGGGCAUUUCAAAAUUCUACUGCAUGAUAUCGACAAUUUUCCAAAGCCAUCAAAAAUGGUUAGCUUUAAGUUAGAAAAUACUAACGUCACGAUUUCAAAUGAAAAUUAUUCACCCGAAGAGCUGGAGCAGCUUGCUGACAAAUUAAAGAAAUGUAUCGAUUACCAUCGAGAAAUUAUCAGUUUUACAAACAAAAUAUCUGAAGUAUUUGGGCCGAUGCUGUUGGCUUACUAUGGUUUCCACCAGGCUAGCGGAUGUUUGCUGCUCCUGGAGUGUUCACAAAUGACCCCAGAAGCCCUGGCCCGUUAUUUGCCACUCACAUUAAUCUUAUUUCAGCAACUGAUCCAACUGUCGAUUGUUUUUGAACUAGUUGGAACUGUGAGUAGUAAGCUAAACGAUGCAGUCUACGGCUUACCAUGGGAGGACAUGGAUGUAAAGAAUAGGAAGACUGUGGCCUUCUUUCUAUUGAAUGUACAGGAACCUGUGCAUGUGAAGGCGUUGGGACUAGCUGAUGUCGGUGUUACUUCUAUGACAAAGAUAUUAAAAACUUCAAUGUCAUUUUUCACCUUCUUACGGAUUCCACAUAGAGGCAUGAGAGGCAUACGUGACUUUAUAUUCAACCUUGAAGCAAAAGAAGGUAUCACUAAUCCAAGUGACUACCCAUAUAUGAUUUUGUGUCGUCAUUUACUAACAGUCAUAACUUGCUGGCCGAAGGAACCAAAAGAGGGACUCGAUUCAAGAGCUAAAUUAAAAGCAAAAAUCUGGGUGACAUUUCAAAAAAUAUUUCACUUGAAUGGAUGCUUUAUAACGACCAUUGGUAUGGCCAUGUACAUAGCACUUCACAAAAAAUCUAUGACUUUCUUCGAACUAGGACAUUUGUAUAUAUCUCUGCUUAUGACUGUUGUUAUAUUCUCCAGAGUAACAACCCUUUGCUGGAAUCCUGAAUAUCAAGAUGUCGCUACUGAGUUUUUGACUAAAAUUCAUCUUUUCUAUUACAAAGAUGAUUCUGACUUUUCGAUGCAGACGCACAAGCAAGUUCACAAGAUAUCCCAUCUGUUCACGUUAUUGCUAACUGGUCAAAUGGUGGCUGGUAUGUCUCUCUUCAAUUUGACUCCCAUGUACAAUAAUCUCUCGUCUGGCAAGUACAAGAGAGGAGGUUUGAAAAACUCUACGUUUGAACAUUCUCUUUACUUCUCUUAUCCUUUCAAUGCAUCAUCUGAUGUCAGGGGUUAUAUUUUGAGCAAUAUUUUUCAUUGGAUUAUUUCAUACCUAUGUUCCACCUGGUUCUGUACUCUCGACCUCUUCUUAUCAAUAAUGGUAUUCCAUAUUUGGGGGCACUUCAAAAUCUUGAUACAUGAUCUCAACCAUUUUCCAAGGUCAUUGAAUACAAUCAGUUUUAGGUUAGACCAUAGUAACAUCACGCUCACUACUGAAAUGUAUUCAAGCAGAGAGUUGGUACAAGUCUCUGAGAGGUUAAAUAAAUGUGUGGAAUAUCAUCGAAGAAUUGUCAGUUUUACAGACAAAAUGUCCGAAGUAUUUGGGCCAAUGCUGUUCGUUUAUUACGGUUUUCAUCAAACAAGCGGAUGUUUACUACUCUUGGAGUGUUCACAAAUGACUGUGGAGGCUCUGGUACGCUAUUUGCCAUUAACAAUCAUCUUAUUUCAGCAAUUAAUUCAACUGUCGAUCAUUUUUGAACUGGUUGGUAGUGUGAGUGAUAAACUAAAAGAUGCAGUAUAUGGCUUACCAUGGGAGGACAUGGAUACCAAGAAUAGGAAGACUGUGGCUUUCUUCCUAAUGAAUGUACAGGAGCCCGUGCAUGUGAAGGCAUUGGGACUAGCUGAUGUCGGUGUUACUUCUAUGACUGCGAUAUUGAAAACAUCAAUGUCGUAUUUCACCUUUCUUCGCAGUAAGUGAAUCUGUUGAUGGCCUUUGGAAUUUGGAUUUUGGAGUAUCAUUACUUAUUGGUUGACGUAACUAUUGAUAGAAGUUACUCCAUCAAUUCAUGUGUCAUAUU